AUGCUCAAAGCCCCGCAGAGCCCUGACCCGGACGACAGGCCGUACAAGUGCACCGAGUGCGAGAAGUGCUUCCGGCAGAAGAAGAUCCUCAAAGCCCACCAGAGCAUCCACACCGGAGAGAAACCGCACACGUGCGCCGAGUGCGGAAAGAGCUUCCGGCAGAAGAACAACCUCCGGAAGCACCAGUGGAUCCACACCGGCCAGACGCCCCACCAGUGCGCCGAGUGCGGGAAGCGCUUCAGCGAGAAGCAGCGCCUGCGGAAGCACCAGAAGACGCACACGGGGGAGACGCCGUAUGCCUGCACCGAGUGCGGUACGUGCUUCAGCCACAAGCAUAACCUGAAAACCCACCAGCGGGUGCACACCGGCGAGACGCCCUACAAGUGCCCCGAGUGCGAGAAAGGUUUCAAACAGCAGAACCACCUCAUCAGCCACCUGCGCACCCACCGGGAGGAGAAGCUCUACAGAUGCACCCAGUGCGACAGGUUCUUCAGGAAGCAGCCCAACCUGCUGAAGCACGAGACGAGCCAUGCGGGGGACAGGCCCUACCGCUGCAAGGACUGCGGGAAGACCUUCAAGCAGAACAACCACCUGGUGAGUCACCAGAGGACCCACGCCGCAGGCAGCCUCUACAUAUGCACCGAGUGCGGGAAAAGCUACAGCCAGUGGGCGCAUCUCACCACUCACGAGCGGGCCCACGCCGGGGAGGGCCAGCUGACCUGCAGCGAGUGCCGGUGA